GUCUAACCGUGGUGACGGUGACGAACGGGUUGUUUCUAUAUCGCUCCGUGUCACACUUUUUUCCUGUUAUUUGUCGUGACAAUCGAUUUCCGUUCGUGAAUCUUGAUCGACAGACGGUGUCAUACAUUCCUGAAAAUCCUUAAUUUUCAUUGAAUUAAUUCCACACACGCGAACUACAUUAUCGACAUAAUUAUAUCGUGAAGAAACAUUCGAAAACAAACGAGUAAAAUGUGUCUAAUUUAACCUCUUUCACAUGACUCAGAUUAUUACCAAAUUAGCAUAUACAUGUUAAACGUACAAUAUUACUACUUGAUGAAUUUCGUGAUUAAUUUCAUAGAAAGAAUCACGUGAACGAGCAUCCCAUAUGUACAUCUGUACGAACGUCUUCGUGUGUGAGUCAAGAAAGAAUCAAGGAUCUUCCUCGUUUGCGGAUGUCCUGUCGGCUGCUAUGGACGGAUGACUCGUGAAAGGAAUUAAUGCGGCCUCGGAGGUGGUCAAAACUGAAUGAAUCACUGGAAACAAAUCGGAAUUCAUCAAUUUUAAAAUGGAUAAAUUGGCCACAUGGCACAUAUUACGUGCUUCAGGGAAUAAUACAGAAAAUGCAUUAAUCGAUGGCGAAGUGUCGAGAUUUCCUAAACCGCUGCAAACGUUCGCAGCUGUGGUUGCAAUACUAAUUAUGAUCACUGGUCUUGCUGGUAAUUUAUUGACCAUUAUUGCACUGUGUAAAUACCCCAAAGUUCGCAAUGUUGCAGCAGCCUUCAUUAUAAGUCUCUGCGUGGCAGACUUUGUAUUCUGUUUGCUUGUACUACCAUUUGAUUCCAUCAGAUUCAUCGAUGCAAGUUGGGCGAAUGUACGAUUUUUAUGCAUUCUUGUGCCUUUUCUGAGAUACGGAAACGUUGGCGUGAGUCUUCUCUCCGUUGCAGCUAUUACUAUCAAUAGAUACAUUAUGAUAGCUCACCACGGCUUGUACAGCAAAGUCUACAAAAAAUAUUGGAUUGCAUUUAUGAUCUUAUUCUGUUGGUUGUUCUCUUAUGGGAUGCAAGUACCCACCCUCUUAGGAGUUUGGGGUAAGAUCGAUUACGAUCCGAAUUUAGAAACUUGCUCGAUCGUGAAAGAUAGCAGAGGUCACACUUCGAAAACUUUUCUCUUCGUAGUGGCUUUCGUGAUACCCUGCUUGAUAAUCAUUGGUUGUUAUACUAAAAUAUUCUGGGUCGUACACAGAUCUGAAACAAGAAUGCGGAAACAUACAGCUCCAACGAUAAAAUCGCCACAUACACCUGGUAGAGAUACUAGGGAAAUCAAACAGAGACGUAGCGAAUGGCGAAUCACAAAAAUGGUCCUAGCUAUUUUCCUUAGUUUCGUCGCUUGUUAUCUUCCAAUUACUAUUGUUAAAGUUGCCGAUGUUGAAGUUAGAUAUCCAGCAUUCCACGUUUUGGGCUACCUGCUUCUCUACUUUGCCUCUUGCGUGAACCCGAUUAUUUACGUGAUCAUGAACAAGCAAUACAGGCAAGCGUACGCUGGUGUGAUCGGAUGUUCUCGGAUAAGAGCGAGUCUAUCACCGUAUGGCAGUAGUGCACCCGGUCAUCAACAGCAGGACUACGGCCAAGGUAACUUCGAGCACCGUCGCGUGGUAACCAAGCUCUGACCGAACGCGAGCUAAGCGACCACACUUCGCUCAUUUCAUUAUUCAAAGGACUUUAGUAAGACGAUGGUAUCAACAGUUUCCAUCGCCAUGAAUCCAGUAAGAAACUCGCGUUUCGAGGAACAACUUUAAUUUUAGGACUAAAUUGCUCCCCAAAGAAGAAAAGUGUAUAAAGGAUGUUAUUAAUUAACUUUUAAAGACAGAAGACAGUAUUCAAAGUAUUUCAUAAUAUCUAUAUAUUAGUUACUCCAAGUGUGAUAUACAUGAUAUAAGAAUAAUGAAGGAAGUAAAUAGAAAAAUAUACAUGGUAGAACUUUGAUUAUCUAAAGUAGAGAAUUGUACUAAAAUUUUGUUUUUAUAUGAGAUAUUUAUUCUUUAUAUGAGAUACUUAUUUUGUUCUUUAUAUUAAUUAUGAUUUUCUAUUGGAAUAUUAAUAUUAAAGAGAAAUGAUGACACAAUUGAUCAGUAAGUGUUCUUCAACUAAUUUUAAUUUUCUGAAGUUUUCAACAGAACGAUUUUUCUCAAUGUUUUCUACAAGGAUUAUUAAUCCUUGUAUAAUAUUCCCAUAUAAUUUAUCAUAUAUUUAUUCUGAUAAUCAAAGUUUUAACUAUUUAUUAUUGUAAUCGUGAUUAAAAUGACUUUCACACUUCAAACUAAUGUUAUGAAACACUUAUAUCUUAUAGUUAAAAAUAUAAGAAUAUACCAUGAAAAAGAAAAUGAUCAUUGAGAGAGAAAAGUAUGUAAAUAGAAAAGAGAUCUGAAAACAGUAUAAUUAUCUGGAGUUUAUUAAGAAAAUCAAAGAAUAAGCAAAGACACUACAGUGCUGUUAUUGAUUUAUCUAUAAUAGAUUAGCUCAUAGUGAAACAUAGGUAGUAUUGUAUAAUAAAAUUAUAAGUUAUUUGUCUAGUGACAAAUUGGACAUUAUGAAAGUUAAGAAAGAUGACCAGGAAGAAAGAAAAGAAUACCAGGUGUAUUUAAUUUUACAGACAAUUAAACGUCGAGUUUGUACCAAAGGUAACACGUAAAUAUGCUUGUACAUAAAAGUUACGUGUUAAUUUCGUUAAAUCUUUACCAAAAUGUAAAAAUAUGUUAAGGAUACAAUUAUGAAUUUUGAAGUCGAUGAAUUUUAUGCAAUUUAAUGCCGUGAAUUUUCUUUAUAUUUAUUUAAUAUUUUCGAUUAAGUGACGAACAGAAAUAAUGUUGAAAAGUUAUCAAAGUACAAAUUAAAUAAAUUGAAUUUUA